CUUAUCCACCUCAUCCCAUCCCACCUCCGGCCACACGUCUCCAGCAACGCGACGUCCUCGACCCCCCACCGCCGUGCGAUCCGGCGACCACUCGACCCUGCCCGUCCGUUCCCCACCCAAACCCCUCUUCCUCUCCCCUCCCGAGCUAAGCCAAGCCGCAGUCCCCGAGAACGCUCCCCACUCCCGCCGCACGCUCCACGGCGCGAUGGCCGCCCUCCGCCUCGCCUCGUUCACCCUCCGCCCCGGCGCCGCCGCAUCCCCCUCCUCCGGCGCAACCCCCGCGGUGCCCCGGUCCGCCUCCUUCGUCCGCGCGGCGCGGGGGCUCCCCUCCCUCCGCCUAGCUCCGCCCCGCCGCCGCGGGGACCUCGCUAGGCCCCGGGCCGCGGCCGACGCCGCGGCCGAGAGCUACGCGUCCGCGCUGUCGGAGGUGGCCUCGGAGAACGGCACCCUCGAGGCGACUGUGUCGGACAUGGAGAAGCUGGAGAAGAUCUUCACCGACGAGGCCAUCGCCGAGUUCUUCGACAACCCCACGGUGCCGCGCGAGGAGAAGUCCCAGCUCAUCGAAGAGAUCGCCAAGUCCUCCGAGCUGCAGCCGCACGUCGUCAACUUCCUCAACGUCGUCGUCGACAACUUCCGCGCGGGGCUGGUGCCGCAGAUCGUGGCCGAGUUCGAGAACGCCUACAACGCGCUCACGGGCACCGAGGUCGCCACCAUCACUUCCGUGGUGCAGCUCGAGUCGCAGGACCUCGCGCAGAUUGCGCAGCACGUCCAGAAGAUGACCGGCGCCAAGAACGUCCGCCUCAAGACACAAAUCAACCCGGAACUCAUCGCCGGGUUCACCGUGCAGUACGGCCGCGACGGCUCCAACUUCAUCGACAUGAGCGUCCGGAAGCAGAUCGAGGAGAUCGCGUCCGAGUUCGAGUUGCCCGCCGUCCCCCUCGAAGUCUGAUCGGCUUGAGGCCUCCACCCUCGCCUUGAAGCUUAGCUGCUACUGUCUCGAGGAAUUGCAAGAAUCAAGCGGGAAUGUUGGUCUUCUCCCCUUCAGACCUGCAGAUCAAUGGUGGCGGAUCGAACACAUAUGGACGGACAUUCUUUUCUGCAUUUCUCUUUCGGUUUUUUUGGCGGGAGCCUGUGUAAUUCCUUUUUCUCUUUAUUUGUGGUUGGCACUGCAAUAUGUUUAAAACACUCGAUUAUAGCGAGUUUCCUCCUCCGCUCGCAAUUAUGUACCCGCUGAUAGAGUUGUGGAGAUUUGUAUAGGAUGCGUGCGAAUUGUCGAAUUGAUGUCGACCCGGAAAUAAGAUCAUGUUGCCUUCUGCUCGCA